CCUCGCCACUCGUCGAUCUCCCGGCGGCUCUUUAGAUUAAUGAUAGAAAACAAGCAACAAAAUGGACAUAAUGGAUAAAAUGGACCUGGAUAACCAGAUGACUGUAUUGGAAGGUGCACUGAUGGAAGAAGAAGCUCAGAAUAUAAAUGAUGAAGUGGAGGAUUUGAGUAACAGUCUGAGAGAGGUAGUCCAAGAUGAAGCCGUGAAACCCAAACUGCACUGUCUGAUGAUGGAUCAAGCCUUUUCGAUGGUAACUCUGCAAAGCGAGGACAGCGGGAUCCACUGGGAGACUGUGUCCAGCCGUUGCUCCACACCCUGGGCUUCAGAAGUUGGUUCUACUGCCCCAGAAGUCUGUAACAAUCUGGUUCCAAAAUGUACAACUUCAGGUGCAGAAACGGCAGGCAAUAUUAUCUUUAUAAUGGACGAUGAUCAAGUUAUCAGGAAAAAAAAGGAAAAGCCAAAUAAAAAAGCUGAGUUCAAGAAAUCAGAUAAAGAGCCGGUGGAACCAGACAGGCCUGCAAUGGUGGAGGUCUCCAUUCCCAAUGUCAUGACUGAGAAGGACAGCACAGUCGAAGAUCCAAAAGAAGACAAAAAUCAGCAGUUGUUCUGCCUCGUCUCGGAGGGAUCAGAGAUUCUAAAUAUCGUUGUACCACCUAAGGUUUCUACUGUGGAUGAGGAAGAGAGUCAAGGACUGGUGGAUAACUUGUCCUACCUAGAAGAGACACCUGUUAUAAAGGCUUAUGAGUUUAUUGAUGAAACUGAGGCAUCUUGGGAGACUCAAACAGGAAACCUGGCAGACCUUCAAGUCACCAUCCAAGCAGUACCAGAACAAUCUGAUGUGCUGCCAUCAAUAAAGCCAGCGUUACGAGAACCCACUAAUGAUGAUUACUUUGAGAAGUUUACUCUGCUGGACCAACAGGCACCAGCUCCGGCAGAGGUUUCUACAACAGAAGCUGAACUUGAGACAGGGACUACAUCAAGGCAAGACGAAACUGAGACUAAAGACACAAACACUGAUGCAAAAUUACUUCAAGAAGUUACAUAUGACUCUGGGUCCAUAAGUGAGCUGGAGAUCACAAGUGAACAUGAACAUGUGGAUGAGAUAUUUUAUGGUGGAAGAAGUGAUAUAGACAAUCAACCCCCAACAAGGACUGGUGCAAAUAAAGAUAACCUUCCAAAACAUGCCCUAAAAAAGAGUGGAUCAGCCUUGUUCGACAGCCAGGAAUCAGUCCUCACGCCAGUUUUCCUGCCAGAAGGACCUAAGAAGAUCAUAGAUCUCAUCCUGCUGGAGGAACCGAAGGCUAUGGCGUUUAUGUACUCUGAUUUGUAUGCAGACUCGGUAGGAAGCAGGCAGAAGCAAGAUGAUACAGAGAGCAUGACAUCAGAAAAGUCCUUUCACAGUCAGGAGUCAGACAAUGAAGACCGAGGCUACCUGGAAAAGUUUGUGCUUAAAGAUGAAACCCCAGUGACCACGGUGGAUGCAUUACCAGAUGACCAUCAAGGGGACAGGGUGAGUAUGUGGUCACAGGAUGCAUUCGGCUUAACAAUACGUCAAAAGGAUGCCACAGGAGCUCCAGAAGACGUGAAUGAAAUUACAGAUUUCUUUAGGGACAGUGCAAGUUCACCAUGUGACCAUGUGGGAUUUUACAAAGUUGAACCAGAAAAAACUAAACCGACGUCAAAAAAUCGGCACGUAGUUUUUCAGGAUGAAGCCAUGAAGGAUGUCAGAAGGACAGCGGAGGUUGGGAAUAUUCCACAGCAGUUGGAGUCAGAUUCUUCAGUAGGCACAAGCUUUGAAACUACAGACUACAAAUCAGUGAUUGAUGAAUUUGCUGCAAAAAUGGUCGCACCAAGGCCAAGUAAACCAGACAAAACUGUCAGAGGUCAAUCGCCCAACUUAAAUCAUGUCCCAAUUAUAGUUCCUCAAAAUGUCAAACCUAUCACACCCCAACACAAGCCUUUCUUGGAUCUCACUCCUUUACUUCCAGUAGAAACCCUAGAGGAAGAAGAAGGAGAUCGAAAGACGGACACAAAAGAGGUAGGAGAUAACAAAUCCCCAAACCAUGUUUGUGCGUCCAUAGCGAAAGAAGAAGAAGCCACUGUGGAAACCCUGGACAGUGAGAAACUUGCAAAACAGGAGGCGAGUGAGGAAGUCAUGCCUGCUCAGCAGUGCUCCACCACAACACAGGUUACAAGCAAUCCGGUCUUAAAUCCCAUCCAUGAUACAGUUCAGGCAGAUCACGAGACACGAGAAGAUAUUCAUGCUUCAAUGUCAUAACAAAGUGUUUAAACUUCACAACUGUGGUACAAACACUGACAAUAUCCAGAACUCACCAACAGACUUUAUUCUACUACAGACUGAACUGAAAUUAAAUUCUUUAUGCUUUUUACUUGCUUUUUUUUUUUAGAAAUAACUUUAUUUAUAAGCAUUUAAUUAAAUUCUAAGUAACCCAAAAUUCCCGUGGCCACCCAUGGAGGAUGGGUCCCGUUGAAUCUGGUUCCUCUCAAGGUUUCUUCCUUUUUCCUUGCUGCUGUUGACCUAGGCUUGCUCAUCAGGGGUUUUUCAGUCCUGGAAUCUAUGAAGACAACGUCCAUAGUAAAGAAGUGCUAUUCAAAUAAAUUUACUUUACCUGAUCUGACCUGAACAGCACCAGAGCUCAUAGUCUGUAUAUGAUCUGUCCAACUGUAUUUAUUAAGAGGAGGACACCUAUGUGAUGAAUCUGUAUUUUGCUUGUAAAUACUUAAGAUUUAUUUUAAUUACUGUGGACUGAGCAAGUCUUUUAUACAAGAGCUGCAAAAUAAAUAAACAUGAAGUCUGCCAUGAAA